CGUCCCGGGUCCCGGGUGCGAGGUCCGGGUCCCGGGUCCCGGCCGCGGAUGGCGUCGCUGGAGCAGGCUCUGCGGGAGGCGGGCGAGUUCGGGCGCUGGCAGCGGCGGUCGGUGGGCCUGCUGUGCCUCACGGGGGUCCCGUUCGCCUUCCUCUUCGUGGGCGUGGUGUUCCUGGGGGCGCGGCCCCAGAGGGCCUGGUGCCGGGGCCCCGCCGCCCUCCGCCUGGCCCGGGCCUGCGCCUGGACCCCCGACGACGAGUGGCGGCGGACGGUCCCCGCCCCCGGCCCCGACGAUGCCCCCGAUGCCCGCUGCCGCCGCUACCUGCUCGAGGACCCGCCCCUCGGCCCCGGCCCGCCCCCCAACGCCACCGCCCCCGCCCCGGCCUGCCACGACCCCCUGGCCGCCUUCCCCAACCGCUCGGCCCCGCUCGUGCCCUGCCGCGGGGGCUGGACCUACAUCCAGACCCACUCGUCCGUCGUCAGCCAGUUUGAUCUUGUGUGCUUCAAUUCCUGGAUGCUAGACUUAACACAGGCCAUCUUGAAUCUGGGGUUUCUGGUCGGAGCUUUUACUCUCGGCUACGCAGCAGAUAGGUAUGGCAGAACAAUCAUUUAUCUAAUAUCCUGCUUUGGUGUAGGAGUAAGUGGUUUGGUUGUGGCAUUUGCACCAAACUUUCCCGUGUUUGUGGUCUUCCGCUUCGUACAAGGCGUAUUCGGAAAGGGAACAUGGAUGACAAGCUAUGUGAUUGUGAUGGAAAUCGUUGGCUCCAAACAGAGGAGGAUUGUGGGAAUCGUGAUUCAGAUGUUCUUCACCCUUGGGAUUAUAAUUCUUCCUGGGAUUGCUUACCUGAUUCCCAAGUGGCAAGGAAUCCAGCUGGCCAUCACCCUGCCCAACUUUCUCUUCCUCCUGUAUUACUGGGUGAUUCCCGAGUCUCCCAGAUGGCUGAUUACCCGGAAGAAAGGAGAAGAGGCAUUGAAAAUCCUGCGGGACAUUGCAAAAUACAAUGGGAGGUAUCUGUCGCCAUCCUACACUGAGAUAACAGUCACGGAUGAGGAGGUUAGCAAUCCCUCCUUUCUUGACCUGGUGAGGACUCCACAAAUGAGGAAGUGCACGCUGAUUCUGAUGUUUGCUUGGUUCACGAGUGCCGUGGUGUAUCAGGGGCUGGUCAUGCGCCUGGGAAUCAUAGGAGGAAACCUCUACCUGGACUUUUUCAUCUCGGGAGUUGUGGAACUGCCAGCAGCGUUCCUGAUUUUGUUAACAAUUGAGCGAUUUGGCCGGCGCCUUCCCUUCGCUCUGAGCAAUUUGGUAGCGGGAGUCACUUGCCUUGUUACUGUAUUCUUGCCAGAAGGGACGCCAUGGCUGAGAACCUCAGUAGCCACUCUAGGAAGGCUGGGAAUCACCAUGGCUUUCGAAAUCGUGUAUUUGGUGAACUCCGAAUUGUAUCCUACUACACUGAGAAACUUUGGGGUUUCGCUGUGUUCAGGGUUGUGUGAUUUUGGGGGUAUCAUAGCCCCGUUUCUGCUUUUCCGGUUAGCAGCCAUCUGGCUAGAGCUACCUCUAAUCAUCUUUGGGAUUCUUGCAUUGCUAUGUGGAGUCCUGGUUAUGCUUUUACCGGAAACAAAGGGAAUUGCUCUACCGGAGACCGUCGAAGACGUAGAAAAGCUUGCCAGUCCCUUCCAAUGUGGCAAGAAAAAUCAGAGUCAAGUUACGAGCUCCCACGAUUGAUCCAGCGCCAAAGACCAAGGGAAGAUGGUUGCCGGUGAAGUCACCUCAGCCGGCCUCCUCGGGACCUGCUUUCCAUCCCGUUCGACUCGGAAACCUGAAAGGCGACACUUAUGGAGACACGGCCCCCCUGCCACCUCAAGCGGUUCCAAGUAUUCUUAGACAUUCAAAAUAUCCCAUGUGUUUGGGAACGGAGAUAUAUAAUAGGAGGAAACCACCGCGAGCAAAGGAUUUAGGGAAAAGCCACUCCCCCCAACAGCUCCAUCUGAGCCGACGAAUGCUUUCUGGGAUUUGGACAGUCAACUCAGUCUUGGUUUUUUUGAUUUGGUCGAAUUUCGGAAACCCUUCCUAGCGGAAGACUGCCGUGAUGAUUUGGGUGGGAAGGGAAGAAAUGGAUUGUCUUGGAAGUGAAAGGAAUUAGCGGGAAAAUUAGGAGAGGAGCAGAUGCUGAGAUGGUGAAAAGCCACUCGACUUCCUAAACCUCCCAGCUCCGCACCUCUCGAAUAUCCCCCAAGGGGCUAUUUUUUGGGAAUCCUGAACACAAAGACUGUAAGCUCGCUGUGGGAAGGGAACGUGUCUACGGUCUCUAAAAUAUUAAUAAUAAUAA